AUGCGAAAUUUCAGCGCUGUCACAUUCUUUGCGUUCUUGUCCAGUGUUGAGCUGGUGUUUGCAGCUGGAGGAGGUGGGAGCGGCGGCGGAGGUGGUAGCAGUGGAGGGAGUAGCGGAGGUGGAAGUCGAGGGGGUAGUAGUGGCGGAAGCAGUAGCGGCAGCAGCGGAAGUGGAAAUCGAGGUAGCAGUAGCAGCAGUGGGGGCGGUAGUAGUAGCAGUGGUAAUCGGGGUGGAAGCAGUGGUGGCUCUGGAUUGCGCCCCGGAUCUCGACCAGGUGGCGGAUCAGGUAGCCCUGAUGAGCCUGAUGAUGGAGACUCCGGCGCCGGAGGCUCCAGUGGUGGUGAUUCUUACUACGCGCCACUCAGCGACGGAUAUCUUCCUGCGAUCGAGCAGGUGCAAGAUACUUUCGGGCCUUUGGAACUCAGCUUCAACGGCACAAACAUCACAAGUGAAAAGCCUUCCAUUGAAAGAAUAGUCGAAGUUAUUCUAUCCUCGCCGACCUGCACACCAAGUUCAUCGGAUGAAGGCGUCAGUGUCCCAGAGAGUGUUUACCAAGCGUGUACAUCCAAAGACGUCGGAUUCCAGCCAACAAAGACGCUCCCUGCAUCAUCAUAUGCCGCCUGCACCGACUACGCAUCUAUCUUAAAUUCCUGCGCCUCUGCGACACCUUCCUUCUACGCACUCCCCGCCUCGCAGCAAAUUUCAUGUGCAUGCUACACCAUUACAACCACAUCAGUUGACUGCUCUAUUUCCCGCGCAUCGACCUACGAUCCUACAUACAAGUCCUCUGGCGAGCAAUACGUCUCAGUACCAACGCAAGCUAUCGGGCGGUUUGACGAUGCGGCGAACUAUUGUAGAGACUAUUUUGGACAGCAGGGAUACAUCAAUCUAGCUUCUUUGUUGUCAGGAAAUGGCGACAACAAGGAUCCGGUGCUCGGAGCAGCGUUCUGUUCGAACGUUGGUCAGAGAUAUUUGCAGACGGCGGCUACUACGACGCAAGCGUAUUAUGAUAUACCGACGGCGAGUAAUGGGCUGCCUUUAAGGUUAGAACCUACCCCUUACGGAGCCUGUUACACUGUACGAGAGAUUCGGUAUACAAGAGGAGCUGGAAUUCGGGUUUUCAGUGUUGAUACGAUGCUGUUGGUGAUGGCUUUGAUAGCAUGCAUUUUCUUCUCAUGA